UGAACGAAAAAGGCCUUAAUCUCACGCGAUCCUCACGUCCAUUUCGUUUCUCCGGGUCCUGAAUCGCUCCAUUCACCGUCGGUGAAUUGAGGGGGGGUUUGGUUUUGGGUUUUCUUUUUUCCUGGGGAUUGUAGGUGCAUCGGGAGGGGUUUGGUUUUGGAUUUUUUGGGUCGGUUAUCUGUUCUUUCUUUCUUUUCCUUUCUUUUCGGUUCCCUUCUUUUUGUUCGUGUAUAGAAUUUUUCGGGGCAUUGGUCUUUCAAUCAAUUUGAUUGAAGGGCCUCAUGGAGGUAAAAGGUUGUACAGGCAUUUAGGUGAAGAAGAAAAGGGGAUUGCGGGUUUCUUGAGGCUGCAACAAAAGAAUUUGCGUAGAAGAUGUCCGUCGCCGUUGUCGCUUUGAGUCCGGUUUGGGAUGGGUCGAUAAGCUUCCCGGGGUAUAGCCAUAACAGGGCUGAUUCUGGCUCGAGCGAGUCGAUCCUCAUAUACCUCACCGUCGGUGGCUCCAUGAUCCCGAUGCGGGUCUUGGAAUCAGACUCAAUUGCUUCGGUGAAGCUUAGGAUCCAGACAUGCAAAGGUUUUGUGGUGAAGAAGCAGAAGCUCGUGUUUGGAGGCAGGGAACUAGCGCGGCAAGAUUCUCUUGUUAAGGACUAUGGUGUCGCAGGUGGGAAUGUUCUGCAUUUGGUUCUCAAGCUUUCCGAUCUUUUAGUCAUCAGUGUUAGGACCGUUAGUGGGAAGGAGUUCGAGUUCCAUGUGGAUCGUCAUCGGAACGUGGCUUAUCUCAAGCAUCGAAUAGCCAAGAAAGGGAAAGGCUUUGUUGAUCUCGAGAGCCAAGAACUCUUCUGCAAUGGCGAGAAGCUUGAGAACCAGAAACUUAUCAAUGACAUCAGUAAUAAUAGGGAUGCUGUGAUCCACUUGUUGGUCCAGAAAUCAGCAAAGGUUAGAGCGAAGCCCAUCGAGAAAGAUUUUGAACUUUCUGUCGAGGCAGCAAAACCAAAUGUGACUACUAAUGGAGACAAAUCUUCAGGGGAGCUUGCGGUUGUAGCUGGGGAGCCACCACAACUGGGUAGAAAUUUUUCACUUGAACCAAUCAUUGUCAAUCCUAGGGUCACAUUGCCCUCGGUCAUAAGGAAUAUGAUCAAGGCAAGUUUUGAUGGCUUGGAGAGUGGUCAUUCACCUAUUAGGUCGAGCGAGGGCACGGGAGGAGCUUACUUUAUGCAGGACUCAUUUGGUGCCAAGCUUGUUUCGGUUUUCAAGCCCAUUGAUGAAGAGCCAAAUGCUGUGAAUAACCCUCAAGGAUUGCCUGUUUCAUCUGAUGGCGAAGGUCUGAAAAGAGGGACAAGGGUCGGUGAAGGAGCACUGAGGGAAGUUGCAGCCUACAUAUUAGAUCAUCCUAGAAGUGGGCCUCGCAUUUUAACUGGUGAAGUAAUGGGCUUUGCUGGUGUGCCUCCAACUACGAUGGUUCGUUGUUUGCAUGAAGGGUUUAACCAUCCUGAUGGUUAUGAAGGUACCACAAAGAACACUAAGACUGGAUCUUUGCAAAUGUUUAUGGAUAACUAUGGAAGUUGUGAAGACAUGGGUCCUAGGGCUUUCCCUGUGGAGGAGGUCCACAAAAUCAGUGUGCUGGAUAUUAGAACGGCAAAUGCUGAUAGGCAUUCUGGGAACAUCUUGAUUAGCAAGGAUAAAGAGGGUCAGACUGUUCUCAUACCAAUUGAUCAUGGAUACUGCCUGCCUGAGAGUUUUGAGGAUUGCACUUUCGACUGGCUUUACUGGCCCCAAGCUCAUCAACCCUACUCUCCCGACACCGUGGACUACAUAAAAUCCCUCAACCCCGAGAAAGACAUAGCACUCCUCAAGUUCUAUGGCUGGGACAUCUCGCCCAAGUGCGCUCGCACGCUUCGCUUGUCCACAAUGCUUCUGAAGAAAGGUGUUGAAAGAGGCCUCACUCCGUUCGCCAUCGGGAACAUCAUGUGUAGAGAGACAGUGAACAAGGUGUCCUUGAUCGAGGAAAUGGUGCGUGAGGCCGAGGACUGUUUGCUCCCCGAGAUGAGUGAAGCCGCGUUCCUCAAGACCGUAUCUCUGAUCAUGGACUCCCGGCUUGACGAGCUUGUCAAGUAAACUUAUGUUCCGGUCUUGCUUUCGAAUAUAGGUACAUAUGUGUGUGUGUAUGACUAAAAAAAUCGAGCGGAGUCCAUUUUCGGGUGGGCUUAGCUUCGUGUUUGUCCUUUGGAUGGCUUAUAUAGUUUCUUCAUGAGCCUGGCGCUUUCGGUUUGUUCUUUCGCUUCUGUCGGCAAUUGCUCGGAAUGGUGUUUGAAAUAGCGAACAGAAGAAGUUCGAGAGAAUAUGAAUAAAAAUCAUGUAUUUCUCUUCU